ACUUUAGGCAAUGGAUAAAACUAAACCUGUUCUGUGCAAUGACGAAAAAUGUCUACAAUGAUUUGAUUCUGAUAUUAGUUUUAAAAAUGAGAAGAAUCUGGUUCCGAUUUUCACUUCCUUUCUUAAAAAUUUAUGAUAAGUUCCAAUAUAUAAGAUUAUGCUACAAAUCAUUGACCUACAACAGCUUUGACUCGACGGCAGAAUCUGCGUUCGAGCCUGUGUUUUGUAUCGUGGACUUCGCAGUGAGAUGGUUUGGAGUGGCAUUUGUAACUGUGGUAUUGUGUUUGAUCACGUCAGUGGUUGUCAUUUUUUAUCUCCAUGUUUUGCCAUAUGUUCUUCAAACUUACAACGUUGUUUAUUCUCAUCUGCAUAUUUUGUACGGUCACUACCUGCUCAUGAUGAUUGUAUUCCAUUAUUACAAGGCUGUCCGUACAGACCCUGGUAUACCCCCAAUGGAUAUAUCAGGGGUACCAGUAACAUCUUUAUGCAAGAAAUGCAUUCUUCCCAAACCCCCACGCACUCAUCAUUGCUCUGUUUGUAAAAAUUGUCGCUUAAAAAUGGAUCAUCAUUGCCCUUGGUUAAAUAAUUGUGUUGGUCAUUUCAAUCACCGAUAUUUUAUCUCGUUCUGCAUCUUCAUGGUGAUGGGAACUGUUUAUGUUUCACUAAGUUCAUGGGUAUUGUUCAACGACUGCUUUAAAGUUGGUGAUAAACUUGAACGAGCUUAUAAUGCUAUUGGAUGGACAAGUAAUGAAGAAGUUCAUACGCUUCGUGUCCCAGCUCCACCCAACACAUGCACAGGAAAAGAACGUGCUUAUAAUACAUCAGUUGUGUAUUUAUGGAUCCUAUGCAGUGCCGUGACUGUUGCAUUGGGGGCACUUACAUUGUGGCAUGUAUUUCUUAUAUCUCGGGGAGAAACAAGCAUUGAAAAACUUGUUAAUGAAAAAGAGCGUAAGAGAUUAAAAAAGCGCAACAUAUCCUACCGAAGCCCUUAUAAUUUUGGUUUCAUUCAAAAUUGGAAAAUAAUUUUGGGUUUCAGAACUUUAAGAUCAUUUAUAAGAAGAGUUGUUUUACCAUCAAGUCAUUUGCCAGAAGGAAAUGGAAUUACAUGGCGUUCUAAUAUUGAAACUUCAUUUAUUGCAUGAAAAUCUGUGAUUUUAUUUGUAUUUUGCUUCCUAUAAAGACUGCUUUAUUUUGUUCAUAUUAUUUAUCUGGGAAUGUGUCAUCCUGUUAUUGCCUUGUUUUGUCCCAUGCUGUAAUUUUUGUCUAGAUGAGAUUACAUAAAGUGAUGUUUUAUAUUUCACAAAAGCAUUUUCUAGCUAUUUUUUCAUUGUAUGGUUAUGUAAAAUAGCAAAAUAUGUUCGAUAAUGUUUUAAGUAACACAAUUGAUAUCUUAGUUUUAAUUUUGAGUGUCAAAUUAGAAAGAUUAUACAGUCAGUGACAUGUCA